AUGAAGGGAGACAAGGACUUAAUGAAAGAUGACGGCGUGGUAGUCGAGGCAUUCGGCGAUGCCGACUACGCUGCAGACAAGAGGGACCGGAAGUCGGUUAGCGGUGUUGUGUUCAUGGUGGGCGGCAUGAUUGUAGGCUGA